GUUCAGAUCGGUCUCGAAAAUACUAAAAUGAUCUACAAUGAUUUAAAGAAAGAAGGGUAAUCUUAAAAGUUUGGAACAUUGAAAGCAUUAUGGUGAAAGCGUAACAAAUAAUUCUGAAUUUCACUUUCCAGUCACUAUUUUUUGCCACUGCAUUCAGCUGAUCGGGUCACCGAGAAAUGGAGAUUUCAAGCAACGGAGCAAAUUGGAGCUAUUUGUGAUGAAGAUCCUUAAGCUUGCUUCCUUUAAAACGCCCUCGCGAAAACCUUGUUGAAACGUCGUCCAUCAUAACAAGAUCUGCUUUUGUUUCAUUGGAUAAGUUUUUAAACUUCGCCUCCCACCUCAUCAAAACACAAUACAACUGUCACUUUCAAUGUACUUUGCCUUGACGCCUUGUUGUCAAAUGUAGACAAGGGAUAUUUUGAUGUAAAUCAGUACCCCAAAUGAUAAGUAGACCACGUGCACUCUUAUCUAAUGGAAAAUAUAAGACAUGAAAGAUACACGUCUGAUCAGUAGCGUGCGGCAUGUUUCCGGUAGCAGAUCCGAGUGGACAUCUACGCAUUAGGAACUUCAGCGCGUAAUACCUUCCAAUAUAAGGACGAGUUCCAGUUGACGACGCUUUCGCGAUAUGCAUCGUCAAUGCGGUUUAGAGAACGCAACGCUUGUGUGAAAAACAUAUCAGCAAAGGUAAAGCCAGUCCCAAGAACAACAGUCAGUGUAAAUACAGCGAACAAUCAUUUGCGGAUUAAGCGAUUACGGCGAAAGCUUGCUGUGUUUGGUCAGGUAGGCAGGCGUAAAUUUGUUCAUGUAUCAAGUCAGUUUGCGCUGUAAAAUGCGCUCAUGUCAUCGAGAAAUCUUAAUUUUUCCUUUUCGCUCGUUUCGAAAUUGCGACAUGUAUCAGCACCCGAGAGCCUUAUGUUUAUUUUGAAGGACCUUUGCGUGCUUGCCCGAAGCUGUUUAAUUUCGACUGACGCUAAGCUGUGAAAUUAUUUGCCAUUCUUUGCGUCUGGGUUGUUUAUUAUUGGGUAUUAUUAGAAAGAUCGACCGAAGUCAAAUUAGUAGAAAGCAUAAGAAAAUAUUGAAUUAUCAGAGAUCUCGGGCGCUGGUAUUAAAAUAGCCAAAACUUUCCUGCUCGAAUUGUUCGCACUUUAGUCUCCGUGACCUUCUGCGAGACAUGCAUGCAAUCCGAUAUUAUUUAUUAAUUUUUUGUAGCCCGAUGAUGUACUGUGUUUUGGUAAAUGGGAGAAUGGAACUCGUUUUUCAGCUCCGCCUUGUUUAUAACAAUUCUACAUAUUUACAAUGGCCAAGUUUGCUACGAUUUACCAUGCAAAAUUUCCGUAAUCCUAUGAAACAUUUUAAUUAUUGCAACGAUUUUAAGUGGAGGCAAGGACGCGCAUUAAUCCAAAAAUCUUUUUUAAGUCGAUGAUAGCAAAAGACCGAACAUGAAAGUAUGGUUUGAAUCUGGCGUGUACCCGUAAGUUUAUAAGCUGUUAUUAAAAGGAGGACAAAAUUUAUAUGAUGAUGUGCACGGAUGUUUUGGGAAAGCAUUCAUUUUUCAGACAUAACUGUACUGAUUAUGUUGACGGCCAACGUCAUAGAUUUAGCAACCAACCAUGAAGGGUUUGGAUUGACAAUUUCAAUGCAUCACAACACGUGUCUUAUUGGAAAACUAAACACAGGGGCGGUUUUAGGGAGGGAAGUGUAUUGUUGUGGUGUAAUUACUGUGAAAACAGAAUAUUCAAUCAGGAAAUUUGUCAGCGCGGAAGAAAUUGUUGAAUUUGCUUCUCGUCGUAGUUGUUAACAUUGUUAUUGCGUUGGCCGCAAAACACCGAAUGAACCUGGGAAAAUAUCGUUAGCUAGUUAUCGCUGUUCUGUUAAGAGCAAAAGCAAUUUUCACCCCGUUUUGGCAGAUGUGUGAAAAACGACUUAAGAAGAAAAAAAGGAAUUUGCAUACAAAAUGGCAUAGCAAGGUUUUAAUUUAUGCAAACGAUAAGAGAAGAGGGAUAGAUUUUGCGUUUGCUGAUAUCAACAGCUUCUAGAUCACGGGCAUAGUUUUUGGCCUUUACUCGUUGAUCUGUUCUGUAAACGCAGACGAAAGAGGUUAAAAUCCGUUAAGUAAACAUCCUAAGCCGGUUGGAGGUAAACCGUGGUCAGAAUGAAAGCUGUGCGACCUCCCGCGCGCCCAGGACAAUACGUUCACAAUGAACACUUUCAUCAGUAAGAUUACGCGUACAGUUAGUCCUCCAUCUUGCGUCGAUGUUUUUUUCCCAUCUGCUGGGCUGUAGAGCUUCUGUAUAGCGCAAAUUAGCAGUCUAUUAUUGGCGCAGUAGUUUGGGUCAUUGUUUGGGUUUCAAAGAGCACAACAGGGCCGAAUCUUAAUUAACUAUAACAGCACAAUGUAACAAUAUAAUUGUGGACAAUUAAUUAUAUGUCGUAAAUGCUUUAAGCAAACGUUGGCAGUGGAGAGACUGUGAGCGGGCGCAUAUCGCGGGAAGAUAUAAGCUUCAAGCCUUGUGCCCUUGGCUCAUUCAGUUCAUUUCCAUUUCAGCACAACACACAUUCCAUGAAGAAAAAAGAGCGAUGGAAACAUGCUCGAUGCUGUUAUGCGGUUUGUUAAUUGCCUCCGGCGUCCUUUCAUCACAAGCACAAGGUAAGGAUAUCUGCUUUCAGUACUUCUACAAUCGAUGGUCAAGGGAGAGAACUGUAAUGUAGUCUCGCUCAUAAAGCCGCUGCGAACAGCUUGAUCUUUUCCAACGGCUCUAACCGAACGCGAUGGCUUUCACUUAGAGUUCAACCGUGUCUGUAAUGGCUAUUAAGCAUAGCCAGUCUUGACUAAUUGUGGUGGGUCGCAUUUCAAUCGUCGUUCCAUAACAGUUGACAAAAGAACGUUUAAACUGUAGUUAAUGUAAAUUACGCUUAUUUUACCACCAGCGAAAGACAUAGGAUCUGCCAGACGCAAGUUAACACGGCAGUCAUGCGAAAAAAUAUUGAGGUUAAGGCAACGAAAAUCGUGUGGUUUUUUUUCUUCUUAAUGUGUAUUUUUCCCUUUUUUAAGGCACUAAAGAAUUUGGAAAGGGAACCCUGGAUGGUCUAUCAGUGGACUUAUCUGCAGGUUUUUCGGAAAUUCUUGCGGGCAAUGUAACUUUGUACUUCCAUAUUCCCAAAAAUUUUUCUUCACUUUCCUCUCAACGAACGUUAAGUGUUAUUGUGUACGAUAACAGAACAAACAGAAGACUUCAUACAGAACGUGUCCCCUUGGAUAGUUUUAAAUUUGCUGUGAUUUUGCCUUGCGAAGUAUUCGACCACCCAGGAUUGUACAAAUUCAAGUAUCGCGUUUCACACAACGAAUCUACCGAAUAUGCAGCGUUUAUCCCGCAGACCUUGAGCUUAAAGCGGGAUAGGGUGUUCAUCGACUCACCGACAAACCAUACCGCCUUAACUCGAUUCGGCAUCUGGAUUCGACACCGUCGAAAGUGCUUACCCAAGACAUACCGCGACAGGAUUAAUCUGUACUACGAAAAAGGUCACAAGAAGAUUUUUGUAACCCGAAAGUACGUUCGGAAACUGGCAAAUGGCAAGCAGAAAUUUCCUCAAGAAACGUGGCUCAAAAUGGGGUUUACCUGUGACGUUUUCGACACCAAAGGUAGCUACCGUUUUGAGUACCAGGCUGGCAUCGCAAACUUGACACUAGCCAAAAGCGAGGUUGUUUAUGUGAAUUGGGGUCACAGAACGUUGUCAUCUCACACCAACAAAAUAUUCCCGUGCUCAAACGCGUUUACAGUUUCAUUCACCCGCCCCGAAUGCCCCUAUGCAAGGACCAACGACGUCAUAUCAGUACGCGAAAAAAAUUCCGAUAAAAGCAUCAUGCAAAAACCAGUUGAGCAGGACCAUACAGCAACAUUUUUCCCCUGCACGCUAUUCAAAGACUACGUGGAAGAAUAUUGCUUCGACUAUGUAACUGAUUCUAGCCUAACAAGGAGCAAAAUCAAGGUGGCCUCGAUGUGUCUUCCAACACACCCACCAGGUAUGCUCAUAGAGGAAACUAAUUCCAAAUCUUAUUUUUAGCCGACGUACUGCAAAGAGCACGCUAUCAUAGCGCAUUCGUCAAUCUUUCAUACAUAGACUCAAUAGUUAUAACCCACUUAAGGCGAUCUACGCACUGCCCUCUAGUCUCUAGCAAAAAACUGGUUAGCAGCGACAAUUUACAAGCCCUUUGAUGUAGAAACGUAAUUAUUUGUGUCUUUGAUCUCUGAUUAAUAACUAUAAUGUUAUCGAGACAGGAGUAACUGCUGGAAAACACAGCAACGAUUUGAGCUUCUUUGGGAACCACAGUUUUCCUAUUCCAGUAUAAAUUAUUUUUAAAAGUCUGUGGCUUGGAUUUUAAGUCGAUAAAUGUUUCAAAUGAAGACAAAUUUUUAAAGCGCCGUUACAGGACAUUCUAAAGAUACGGAUGAAAUCAAGAGUUCGCGAAACCUUGAGUUCUGUACGAUCGCAAAAUGAAUGAAAGUGCUUUUCAAACAAAUUUGUUUGGAAAUGGCAACUUUGCUCGACACAGAACGAUCUGAAACAUUGCUGAAACAUUGGUUUUGCUGGUCAAAAAACAUUCAAAAAUAUUAAGUCAACUUGAAUUAUCUCUUUGAGCAUUUCCGUAUUGUAAACAAAAUAUUAUACUGCCAAGGUGAAGGUAUAUCUCCGAGGCAGAGAGUUGAAGUGGAGAUUCAGUUCAGAUUUCACCUGUAGUGUUAAUUGCAAACAGAUGAAGUGAGAAUGGUGGGAGAGGAAGGAAACGGAUUGAGGCGUGGAUGAACUAUUAAACGUCAAUUAGCACUUUUGAACGACACGACGCGAGAAGAAACCUGUUAAUGUUUUCGCUUCAUAAUGGAAAUUUAAAAGGAAAAUUAGCCGAUAAUUGGUUACAUUCAUUUGCAAAACAGAGAAAAAGUUGUGUGGUGCAGUGACGUCGACGGGCCGAUGACAAGUGUUUAUUGUGUAUGUUUUAGAAUAGCUUUGUUGUCGUUUACAAAAGACAAACUAACCUGACCAGCAGGACUACAACAAGGCGGAAUUCUGGAACAAAAGGUUUUAUUUCCAAAUAUUGACUCAACAUUCAAUUACGUCUCCCGCGAUGGAUUAGAAUAGCUUUCAGUCGAUCAUCGGACAACAAGUCAAAGUACACGGGAAGGGAAAUAUUCAAAAUGUUAAAACUUGGCAGGUCUAUACAGUUUUGGACUUAUAGUAAGUCCAAAACUGUAUAGACGUGCCAAGCUUUCAGGAAAGCGCUGUCAUUUGAACAGCACGUUGUAGUUCUAUUUCCGUCGCUUUAACCCUUUCAGUGCCAGAGUGUUUGGUGGAGUUUUGUAAGAUGACUCUAACUUUUGAGUCUGGUGACGAAAUCCCAUGAUGUGACCAUUCAAAUGAAAGCUCUCCGCCUGUACUUUCAUGUGGUGCUAUUUGUUUGUCAAAAUUUUAGAACAUGAAAUUUGGAAAUUUGGUCGAAAUUUGCCUUUGGCCACAUUUGGCAGUGAAAGGGUUAAUGCGUACAAGAAAGGACGAAGCAAAGUGAAACUGUCAUUUAAAAAGCAAUUCAGUCACGGUCAGUUUUUUUUAUCGGUUUAAUUUGACAUAUCUGUUUUUUUUUUUCUGUCUUUUCCCAACUGAAUUGGAGAACCGACUCUAAAACGACGCUAUCAAUUUUUUUAGGGAUGUAAACCAAAGCUGCGCUAGCUCUGGCUUUUCCUCUUGAUUUUCUCACUCCACGGAAAGUUCGUGUAGGCAUGUACUUUAUUGUUGUCUUUGCGGCCAUCUACCUGUCGGGAUCAUAAUAAUCUGCCCAAGAAUGUUAAGAUUAAAAAUUGAUCUUUGCUCUACUUGAGCGUGACACGAAGAACAAACCAAAUCCAAGUCAGACAUUACUGACAAGUCUAGCUUAUCCACUUGCAGUCCUAUUGUAUUUGUUCAAGUCCGGUCAUUUAAGGUUAUUUUCGAUUAUUUCAGCGGCCGCCUUGCACAAACCUUGAAUAUUUUAGGAAUUAAUCCUUCUCUGUCUUUUUUGAAGUGGCUACGGAUAUUUAAGCCACCUUGUCUGUAAAAUGUGUAUUUGUUUGUACUUCGUAGAUCAGUUUCCUGCUGUAGCUUUUGGAGCAACAAUUGGAAACAUUUCCUAAUUAAACGGAAUGGAAGGAAGUUCUUACAUAAACUCGAUCGUCUGGUCCUUUUAUUGCUUUUCCUGUUUAGUUCUGUAACAUUCCAUGAUUAUUUUAGAAAAACUGUAAUCUGCUUAGAAUCCCUGCUCUGAUGAAUGUUGACAGUUGAUUUCGUCUUUUCUGCGGCCGAACUGUGUUAGGUUUAAAAACGGUUAAAUUUAAUAUUCUGCCGUCUGGCUGGUUUAUUGUAUUGGCGCAAAUGGGUUUUCAAGAUCACCAAUUGUUCUUAUACUAGUAGAAACAGCACUUGUUUAUGUUAAGGCAGGGAUUAGGGUAUUUAUCUCUGCCCUUGCUGGAUAACAGACAGUUCAUUUAUCAUUUUAUGGCUGUCAGUCUUUAAAUCCGGCGAAUUGUCUGUCAAUUCCACAAAAUAUUCUCACAACCUUAUCUGUACAUCCAGUGCUUGAUAUAAAUAUUACUAUUACACCUUCUGCGGUAUCAGCUGUAGUUAAACCGUAUCAGCUUUGACUUGUCAUAAUUGUCAAGCGGAGAUCGUCCAAAAGCUCAAUAGAGCUUUCUUGAUCUCCUGCCUUGCAAUUAUGUAAUAGGUUACUAAAGAAUGUAUGGCAACUAAGGCACUUCUUCUUCUUCUUCUUCUUAUGGCCCGUACGAUACUGUAGUUGCUAAGCCGGGGCAUUACUGUUUUAAAAAGUCAAGAUGGUUAAGAAGGUGUCUACAGUCGCUUCUGUGGUACGGAUCACACCUCUCUAAUCAACGACUAAUCACGAAAACUGUUUUUCAGAAAUUUUGUUUGGAAACUAGCUCUUUUAUGUGUUGGCUUUUGACCGAUUCCGUUGGUUUAUAACUUGCGUUGCGUCAAAGUUAUGACGCGGUAGAAAUCAGCACCAACAAAAUGGCGGCUUGUAAGAAAAACGAAUAAGCUACUGAUCUUAUAUUCCACUGAAUUUAAAAUUCCUGAUCCUGCCGACUUUCUUAUGUUGCCUUGUGAUAUCACUUACUGCAUAGACGUUUCUGACGCAAUAGUGAAAGAAAUGAAAAUUAUUUUCCUCAGAAAAAUGUCUUUUCUAUCAUGCGGUUGACUGGGCAGUGCAGUUCUCACUUUGAAAUAUCAAAAUAGUAGUUAGUUUUGAUUGUUAUAAACCGGACAUAUUUUGAUCUUUUUCUGUGAGAAGGGCAGGGGGAGGAGAGCAGAAAUAAUUUGAAUGGGAUUAAGUGUAAUUGAAACUGGAAUGUCAACUGAUUAGCCAGCUGUGGCAUGCCUUGCAUCAAGAGAUUUAGAUGAAAAUAAUUGUAAUGUGAAGUUUAAGGAGGCAUUUUAAAAUUUAAAAUUAACUCCUACUUAGAAAAAAGGAAGUUCUCCUGUGAAUGUAAGCAUUAAUCGACUUGUACAUCAAAUAAAGCCUAAAUUUUCAAGUGUGAAAAUAAGUUAUCACUAUAUCAGAGGAUUAUAGGUGGAGAAACAGUAAAAUGUUUUAGCCAUCUUACAUAAUAGUGAAGUGUGACUAUUUCCUGCCGAAAAUACGUUGCUCUUCUCUCAGUACGAACAUUAUCUUUACCAAAUAUGGUCGAAAUGCUACAUGGUGCACUCGCGAAACACUCACUACUUCAUGCAAAGGACCUUUUAGCACCAAAAAGUCUGUAGGCAUUGCAUGUUUUGAAUUCUUGCUAUGGAAAAUCAUGGAUGUGGCCUCGUAACUCAAUUAUUGAGUGGAGUUGAACAUUUGGCAAUUUCCUUUUUUGUGGAAUUACUGUUUAGCGAUUUUAAGCCCCUUCCAGGUGGUUGUAACUUUCGAAUCUGCAGAUGAAAGGUUAAAGUAUGGCAAGGAAGUCAUUUUCUUUGACUAUGUUGUUCCACUUUUAAUUUUGGCCUCUCAAAAUACAGAAACCUAAACACCUGGAGGCACUGUGUUCAUCAGGCGUAAAAUGUCCAAGUCUUUCUUAUACCCACAUUCAGUUCUUUUACAGAACUUGAGAAAAUAAAUAAGCCAUCGUAGACCAAGACGAAACUGAAUUUUUUUCAUUGAAGUUAUCUCUUGCUUAAGUUCUUGGUAUUUUGUAUUUUUGUUUCCUUGAAUAAUUUUUUAUAGGUAUAUUUUGUCUUCUUCGCGUCACUUCAAGACGUCCUGUCAGAAGCCUAUCAUCAAUAGAUGAUUUCCUGACAGCAAAACUGCCGUGUCGAUUUCGUGACCUUGUUUUAUACUUAGCAACUCAAUUCUUCUGCCGUGUCACGUUAUGUAAUAAAUAUCAAAUAGACAUAUACAAUAAUAAAUCCGUAUUCCUAAGUUACGAGAAACACGCACGUGUUUUGGUUGCAUUAACAAUUUUUAACACUGUCAUAAAACCUUCAGUUUAGUUCAGAGUCUUCUUUUUAAAUGUUUGAAAACGUUUAAAAGCGACACAUGAGUAACUGAAAUAUGUUAUCCAGGUUCGAAAUGAUUUUCAAGGCGUCCACGUUGAAGACUUUCAAUCUGCUUAGAAAGUUCCGGUAAAAGGAUUUUGCUAUUAAGCUAUUUUAGGUUUUGAAAGGAGGUGGGUAAGCCGUACACUUAAGGCGAGACAUACUGGCGCCCUUAUUUGCUGCCAAUAUUAUAUUCUUGUUUUCACAAAUACAACAUUUGUACUGGCCGAAGAACUCCAAAGGCCCUCUCUUUUUCUUUCAUAAAAUUAGCUGAAAAAUUUAGUAUAAAUGAAUUCUGAAACGAAUCUAUGAAGAAUUUUAAAGUUUCGUGUUAUUUCCACAUGGCUUUGGUCUUUUUGUCCUUUCUCUUGGGUAGGAUAUAAAUAAAUUGCAAACGCGUGAUAAAUUAGCACUUUCAAUGCGAGCCACAAAUAUGUCAUUCAUAGAACUGUUUUUUUUUUUUUUCGAUAGACGAAAAGCUUUUAGUCGCGUAGAGAUUUCCAUACGAUAAAUAUUGUCGGCAAGAUCUGUAAAUGAUUAUUUUGAACGAGUCAAUACGGCUGAUCUGCAAGUUAAUCAGUUUACGUCGAAUCAGAGAAGCUAUGCCCACGAAAAUAGGUUAUCUUUUAAUCCAUUUAAAAGUCUUGCGGGCGGCCCUUCUACCGCAUCGUUAAUGGAAGUGUAACUAAGAUUACCCUUACCAAAGCGGGCUAAAAGAGUGUACGAAAACACAUAGUAAAUUAUAAAUUCCCGUAACUGCAGUUAAGAAGUGUUGCAUGCAUGAAGAUCUGAUGUGGGACACCACAAUGAGAAGUUUUUCUUUCCUCAUAUUUGGACUGUUUACUACGUUAAUGUCAGUUUUUUCGUUUUUUUUCAUUGUUUAAUACCGUUGUCGAAAGCGCUUUUGCCUGUUCAUACAACCCUUGUGACAUGUGGUUCGUUUUUAACUGUUCUACUUUACAAUCCCAGCAAGGCUAUCGUGUGAAUGCUCUCAUAAAAGCUAAUUGCCGUUGUUUAUUUCUCAGUAGGUUGGCAAAAGGAAUUUGUUAUUUUCAUAAAUUUGAAAUUUAGAGAUUCUAGAAGCAGUAUCAUUGUUCAACAUUAAGAAAUCACCGUUAAAGGAAUUAAGUAUAUAAUAAAGUGCAGAAUAUUUAGUAACAUAAAAAACACCGGGUGAUUAUCCAUGUGACAAAGUCUUAACCUCUUGCGAUAUUUGAACGUACUUCUUUUUUGCACCUAUUUUUUAGGAGAAAGUCACGCGGCUCAUUAAUUUAGCGACGAAUAUUCCAGUGCCUAAAACGUCUCCAUAAGAUUAGACAAAACACUUGAGUCUUGUGGUACACGUAAUGGCGUAAUCGGAAGAUAAAAAAAAGAGAGAAAGGAAAGCAAUUCCUGAUUACUUCUGAGACGUUGCUUUAAAUUUCUUAUUUGAGCGUUUUUGAGCUUUCAGUUUUGGACAAGUGUCGAAAUAAGGUUUCCUAUAAAUGUCACAUUAAAUUUUCACUAAAAAUAACUUAAUGAGAGUAAUUACGUUGGGAAACAUAAUUAUGGUUAUAAAUCAUCUUCAAAUGACCUGUUAUUAUAUGACUGGGUAACUUGUACCCAAGGGAGAGGAGAAAUAGAUCGACAGAGAGAAUUUCAAGAGAGAUUUAGUAAUUAGAUGAGGCUAAAAAGAUUGAAAAAGGUGAAUGUUUCCAUUUUCCUUAAUUAGAAAUUAUUUGCUAUUUUCUUUUUCACUCGUCCGCCCUGCAUAAAAAGCCUGGAGGAUGUUUUUUGUUUGACGUCUAGCCAUCUUGAUUUUCUCUAUUAAACAACCACAAUACAAGCAAAUAUUAUACGCCUGUAAGAAAAAACAAACGAAGAAAAUCUUCGAAACUGAUGACGUUGAAAUCAGGGAUAUUCUUGUUCUGCCUGAAUACUGACUUCAAAUUGGCAUAAGAAGAUGUUCCUGUGGACUGAUAAAUCAGCUGAAUCUUUUAAUGUUAUGUCUUUCUUGCUUAAAUAGAAUAUUGCAUCACCCCUCCGUCUUGGAAAUCAAUAAUGUCAAUAAUUGCAAGGUCAUUUCUAAUGGAAGUUAAGGUCACUCUGUGCAUGAAAAACACCAAUAUCACGUACACAGUAAAUGUACGGUCGUUUUGAACAAGAGAGCCAAGUGCCACGCAAUAUUAAGCAUUUCUCGUACGUCAUUUUGUUGGCACUUGAUAAGCAGUUGUUUGCCAAUAAAUAAUCCAUAUUGUUUUCCCAAUUACUAAUGAAGAGCGAAGUUGCCAAAGUCGUUUCGAAUGAAGCUUCCAAUGGGGCCUUCUAAAUGAAUAUGCGAAAAUUUGCUCACUUUUAACAACAUAACAGUAGAAUGUCAGCUAAAUCGUCCCUUAUUUCGGAUUAAGCAAAAGUUUACUUUUAGGAUAAAUGUAGAAAUAUGUUGUUGUACUAUGGUAUAUUUAUAACAACUGAGAUUCUCCAAUGAGAUGUCGGAAAACGUUUGUUGUCCGUUGCCUUCCACCAACCCCUCCCCCCCUUUCCCGCCCAAGAGAGCUGCCUUAUUCUUGUACCUGAUGUCUAGUGGUUUUGAGCCUAGUGCUUGCCGUUUUCCAGAAACACGAUCGGUCCUUUAACCCUUUAAGACCCAAGAUCCAAAUACAAAUUCUCCGGACUGAUCUCCAGACAUUUCUGUUAAGAAUAGUUGAGAGAAUCUGGUUUAAGACCAAAGCAUUCUUCCUUUGGUAAUCAAUUUAGUAAUUCUCAUAACCUUUACUCUUGAUGAUCUGCUGAUGUAGGAAGGAGAAAAUUGAUGUUGACUUUCUUUUUUUUAUAGGAAACCAGCAUCACGUUGGCUGGAGUUCAUGGUCGCCUUGGGGCUGGUGUUCGAGCUCAUGCGGUAAGGGAACACAGCAUAGGUUUCGCUACUGUUUGAGUGUCAGCACGACCCAAGACAAAGAGUCUUCUUGUGAGGGUAACUCACUGAUGUCCAGGUCAUGUGCGCCGAGCCCCUGUCCAGGUAUGUCAAUAGACCAAGUUGAAUACAGUCAAAAACUGUGAGUAAGAACCUGCAUUUUCCUACGUUUGUCCAAACAUGGUCUUACAAAAUGGUAAUUAGCAUAACUUUAGGCUAUUGAGGUUCUUAAGAAGAGGUUCUUAUUUUCUGAAGAAGAAAUACAUUGUAGCUUAAGAGUAUUUAGUUCGAAUUUAGUGGUAUUCACCUUAUUCCUUUAAAAUCUGCAUACCAUUAUAUUGCAGUUGGAGAGAUCAGGCACCUAUGCCUUGAAAGAGGAUCUUGAAUCUUGACUAUCUUAUUUGCCCAGGUGUACAGAACUACAAUUUUUAUAGAUUUUAGAAAAUAAGAACCUGUUUCAAAUUUUAGGCUAAGCAGGUUCUUGUAAAGAGAGGACCUAACUGGCAAAUUUUAGCCCAACAGGUUCUUAAGAACCGGGAUCUUACUUGCGGGGUUUUACUGUAUAAAGCCUUGAGUUUGUUAUUUUUAUCAAGGUAUUACAGAGGGUGGCUAUUUAACACUGAUAUGUCAUGCUAUGCCGUUACUUACGCGCUUCAUGGCCACAUCUCAACAUUGUUUCAAAGGAAAGAUAAAUAUGCUUUCGGUUAGUUUAAUACAAGGAACAAAUUUCAGUGUUACUAUUCGAGUGAGACCUCUCUUGUAAUACUUUUACGUGGUACAACUUGUAUCUCAGCAUUUCACAAAACGAAACUUGGAAUUUUUAAUGUUGACUGUAGCCUCUUCUGGGAAUGAAUAGUACCUUAAACAUGUAAUUUGGAAUACUUAUGAAUUGCUCACCAGUUUCGUGUUCCUGUGGAUGCAUACUAAAGAAACCUCAAGGGAUGAUCACGUCAUCGCCGCAGAUAUUACCAAGCUUGGGGCCUUCCAAAUGCAAGUGGGUGAUCAACUUGCCCGAGGGAAGUAGGGUGAGGCUGUGGUUUGACGCACUGAAAAUGAAUGGAGACUCAAUAAUAAUCCGUGAUGGAAAAGACGUUAGUGCACCACAGAUAGUCGUCAUUAAGGAUGAUAAAUACAAAGAGCCGAUAAUAUCCACGGGGAACAAUCUGUACAUAUAUUACGAGCACAACGGUAUUUGGACCAAUGGUACACGAAGGGGAUUUACGGCUUCAUACAGAACAGAAAGUAAGUCGCGUUUCUACUUACCUGAAGAAUAUUGUCUGGGGUCGUCACACUAUCCCUCAUUGUCACGCUCACCCCGAGAGACUUGCGUGAUACACCCAAAUACCGUUAUGAAGGAGACGGGUAAGGUGUACAUGGGAGGUCAAAUCUCUGCUCGCAGCAAUUACAAAUAUUCCUUUCAAGUGGAGAGCUCGGAGCAUUUGUAGCCCACAAAAACAGCCGUUUCUCCUCGCGAGGAGAAACGUCUGUGUUCGCAGGCUAGGAGCAAUUGAGGUUUCCGGGUAACUGACCACCUUCCCCUCCCUAAGUCACAAUUUUGCGCCAAGGGAGAAGUAAGUGUUAAUAUUGACUUAUGGGAGAGGUAGGUAGUCAGUUACUGAUCCGAGUUAACCACUUAUUUAAUUAGACUGCGAGCAGUCUCUUCCUUUUCCCAGUUUGCCUUUGGCGCGAGAAGGAGGCUUUGACAUCCACGAUUAAUAGAUUUCCUCUCGCUCUUAGGAUCUGAGGAAAAUAAAGUAAAUGCUCGUGGUCUUUCUCGCCCACGAACUCAGAAAGGUAGGAAAAAAGCAAGUAUGUUACUUACCGCUCAAUACUGACCCCGUAGAAAACAUCGAAGCAAAAGUCAGACAAGGAACCCUUACGCGCGGAAACCGCAAAUGACAGUCUGUUGAUCAUCCACCGUUCGUGAAAGGAUACUGCAUAAAACUCUGACACUUCCGCUCUUUUGUCUAUUGGGUCACAUAGUUAUAUUGUGAAACAGGAACUCUAUAAGAAACCACAAGAAAGAAUCUGCCUUUUUAAGUGGUUUGGGGUGGAGUCACUGUGCCACAACAGACCCAGACAACAGUAAUGAAGGGGUGUGUGGAAUAAGGCUACAGGCGUCUUCUGAUCAAAUUCUCCCUUUGAUUCACUUGUAUACAUGACGCAAAUUGCAAGCAGAAUCUAGCAGUUUAUCAGAAAUCUCGUAAGGUUUUAUUCCAGGAACUUCUUUCAUUUUGAAGUCUCUUUUAACAUUAUUGGUUUGCGUUUUGAACCAAUUACGUGCAAAUGCGGUUUUUCCAACCAUUUCGGUUAAAAAUGGGUCUACUGGAAGAUUGGAACGAUUAACACAAUGGAUGUAUGUCCUAUUUGAAAUUUGUUUAAGUGAUAUGUGUCAGUUAGCUAAACGAGUCCUCUCACAGAGUUUUCAAAUUAUCAAGCCACAUCGGUACAAAAUUCACACCAGUGUUGCGUAAACAGUGCCUUUACCCUUAAAGUCCCAAAAGUUACAAACAUGACUUUUCUCCCAACAGUAUUAAAAAUUUAUCAAAAGAAACGGUCCUGAGAAUUACUGAAAACGGUCACCUGAGGGAAAAUGCCUUGAUCUUUUCACAAAUUCUCUCAACUAAUUCUCUAAGGAAAUGAAUGGACAUCAGUUUGGAGAAUUUGAGUGUGGAUAUUUGGGAUCAGUAUAAGAUUCUGAAAAACUGUUCAACUACCUCUCCCCUAACCCAACAAUAGAGAGCUUCAAUAAGCAAAGACGUUUUUGAGCAACGCAAGUCGACCGGAAGUGGUUUUUGCAUUCUUGAGCAGUGGUUGCGCCCGAAUGUUUCGGCAAAUCCCCUUUGUAAAAGUAAAGACACCAAGCAAUACAAAUUUGUUAGCGUCAAGGCAUAUUAGAAAGCAAAAGGCCUCAUUUCCAGUUGAGGUGCUUCGCCCAAAAAUCCUUUCCCUAAGAUCGCUAAUUAUACCAGGGGCACCAACGUCAUUUUUUUCGAAAAUAUCUGUUCAGAAGACGACUUGAGAUCUAGAAUUUUCGGAACAUUUGUUGUAAAAUUUCUUGCUUGCCUGCCUCUCCUAGGAUUUUCGAACAUCUAAAAAUGGUAUAAUUGCCCAUUUUUAACGGAUUUGUACCGUAAAAAGGUCACCUAGAAUUUUUGGGAGCCUUUUUUCUGGUUGAAAUUUUCGAAAAGGUAAGUUUUGAUCGCUAUAAUUUCGGAUCACUAGACUUUCAGCUAGAAAAUCCGAACAGAUAAAAAAAUUUUAGGGGAUAAAAUAUGCCUAUAUCUACCGUUUAAAUACUAAAAUACGUUUAACAAUGCUAUGUUUAAGUGGGUUUGAGCUAUAUUGUCGUUGGGUGCCCCUGUUAUACCAACCCAAAACUUCCGUCAGAUCUGCAAGCGAUACAAGAAAUUUCCCUUUCACUGUUGACAGUAAUAAUUAUCUAUUUCUCGUCAUUCCCUAGGAGAGCCGACACCGACGCCUAUUCCAUACAAAAGAAAAACGUUAGGCAAAAAAGAAGUAACGUUUCUUGUAGUAUUCAUCUUUGCGGUACUGGUCAUUGGUAUACUCCUUUUUAUUGUGUUCACGAAGCUGCGUCAUCAUCACGAACGACGACCUCCACCAUCCAGCGGGAGUUCAAGCACGUCGGAGUCCACGCUAAGAUCCACGGGAACGUCGUCUCCUCUAGACUACGAGAUUUCUAGUAGCGAGCCUUUGAAAGGAUGUCAGAAUCAAAGAGUACGAAAAGACAAAAGUAGAUCAUCACAUAGGAAAAAGACACGAAGGACGGAAUUUCUUUGUGACGCAGAUCGCGUCCCACGUUGUACAUGCGGGGAGAUAUCUGAACUUGAUUCGGCGUCUGGAAACAAUUCUGCCAGCGAUUGUUCACCAGUUAGAGUGAUCAACAAUGUAGAGAGAGUUUUAGUAAGGGACAACGGUUCUUGUGACUGCCCGGAUUGUCUUGGGAUUGAUAGAUACCCCGUUGAAGUUUGCCAGGAGUUUAGAGCUCCGGAGAAAAAGUACUACGGAGAUUGGAUGUUGACAGAAAUGCCACAACAAACAAGUUUUCAUUCAGAACAGCGUAUUUAUAGAGAUUCGUGUAAAUCGUUUGUGUAAAUAGUGUAAAUAUUUGAACCAAAAAGGAUCAAGAAAACAUGUUCUCUUGGCUAAAUACUCAUUAUCAAGAAAAAGUGACUUGUUUCUAAAAAAGUCGCCUUUCGGAACCGUCUACUAUUUCAAGGUUGACCAAGAUGUCUUCCAAUUUUUCUUUCAAUUUCGACCUUUGCGUUUGUAUCGUUUGUUAAUGUUUUAAAUCAUAUAAAAUAUAAAACAAGAGGAUUGGAAUAAAUUAUUUUUUCUUCUUAGAACCUAGGCAAGUUCUCUAAUGGCAGAAUGUUGGCUUUGUAAAAAGAGAUGAUAAAAUUCUGCAAAGGAAUAGUGCGAUGCGGUGUAACACGUGUGAACGUCAGAAGACUUUUUAUGCUCUUUAAACAAUUAGACAUCUUUUCAUAUGCGAAUGUCGUGUUAUCUAAAUGAUCGUCCGCUGUUCAAUUUUUGUACGAAAUUUGAGUAAUUUUACUCUAUCGAAAAUUUAAAUCAGCUUUUCACUUGAAAAGAAAAGAAAAAAAGCUCCAGAUGUGGAGCACUCAUUGCCCCUACAAGUGAGGGCCUGUUCGUUGAGUUCCCAGUUUCGGAUAGUUGAGUCAGUUAUGCUAUCUGCACUCACUGCAAAGAUCUCUAAGUGUAGAUGCUAGUGGAAAUCCGUCCCAUGGAAAUGGAAAAUACUGAAAAUCAAACAGUACCAUGCACAGAUCCACCAACAUUUCAGUGGUCGCGCUUGUGUCUUAUUGAUUGACUCUGGGAGUGAAACGAAUAGAUCCUACCAAAAAUACCAUGUGCCUCAAAGCAUCAUAAUAUCAUAUAAUAAUGACUAAUUUUACUGGAAUAUGCAUGCGAUAUUUGACAUUUCAACUUCUUCGAUUUUACUCAAACUUUGUAAGACAUCUCCCAUCAGCUGAGCCGUUACAUUUUGCAAAGAGCAAAGCACAGGACAUCGUUUAACAUUGAUUAAAUACACUUAGAGGAACGUAUGUUUGUAGUAUAAAGUUUUGUACAAGAAUUUUAGAGCCCUGUUAGUAGGGCAAGACUAAAUUAAGAUACUUUUUGAAAAAAAGAGGAUAUAUUGUACUAUUAAAAGUAAUUGUUAUUUAUUGAAUCAAACAAAGGGGUGGAAAUCUUUUAGAAACGUAAGGUUUGGGAGUUUGAGCAGCAAUAGUUUAGACUGAACACGGAUUUAUAGAGUA